AUGUUGUUAAACUCAUUAAUAAUAAUUCCACUCCUUACCAAAUUGGUCUCGGCAAUUGCCCCCAUCGAAGUCAAGGGAAACGCCUUUUGGAAUACAGAGACGGGAAAAAGAUUCUAUAUUAGAGGUGUCGAUUAUCAACCGGGCGGUUCCUCGGAAUUGGAAGAUCCCUUGGCUGACACUUCGGUGUGUGAAAGAGAUAUCCCAUAUUUCCAGGAUUUGGGUCUAAAUACUAUCCGUGUAUACUCCAUCGACAACACAAAAAACCACGAUGAGUGUAUGGACAAAUUGGCAGAUGCCGGCAUUUACGUUAUCUUGGACGUCAAUACUCCUUAUUCUAGUAUCACAAGAUCAAAUUCAAACUGCAGUUAUAAUGCUGAUUAUUUACAAGAAGUCACUGCUUCUGUUCAGGAGUUUGCAAAAUAUAACAAUACAUUGGGCUUCUUUGCCGGAAACGAGGUCAUCAAUGAUGGGCCUUCUUUAGAAGCAGCUCCUUACGUCAAAGCAGUUGUUCGUGACCUAAAGACAUUUAUCAAAAAUAGAAAUUUUAGAACUAUACCAGUCGGUUACUCAGCAGCAAGUGUUGCCGAGUACCGUUUGAGCUCCGCUUUGUAUUUCAAUUGCGGAGACGAUGAAUUGGAAAGAAUCGACAUGUUUGGAAUAAACGAUUACUCAUGGUGUGGUGAUGCAUCCAUGACUUCAUCGCAAUAUUCUCAACAAAUGAAGGAUUUCGCCAACUAUACUGUACCUUUAUUCUUUUCAGAAUUUGGCUGUAACACAAAGAGACCUCGUCCAUUCAGCGAAAUCGAGGUCAUCUACUCAACUCAAAUGUCACUGGUUUUCUCAGGAGGCUUGGUUUACGAGUACUCAGAGGAACAAUCAGAAUAUGGAUUGGUCACUUUGGAUGAUGAUAAAGUGACUACUAAUCAAGAUUUCGAUAACUUGAAAUCACAACUCAAUAAAACUUCUGAUCCAAGUGGAGAUGGUGAUUACCUCGAUAGUUCAAAUGACAAUGGAAAUAAUUGCCCUUCACUUUCAGAUUUAUGGAAUGUUACUCUGGAAGUACCAGAUACUCCUCUUGGUGCUCUUGGUUAUAUAAGGGGAGUUGUAGAACCAACGGGACAUGGAUUCGACGCUUAUGUACAAGGAAACUGUCAUAAUAAUGAUGUUGAUAAUUUUGCAAAUAAUACUAGCACACUUAGCGCAUCUACUCGUGAUGCUGCUGCAACCUCUACUGCUGGUAGUGAUUCAUCAUCUUCAUCAACAAACACCUCCAAAGCCAAUGAGGGUACUAUUGCAACCACUGGUUUCGUUGGAUUACUCACUUUAGUUGCAAGUUUCAUUUUUGUCUAA